ACAGGUUAUCAUGGCGAACACCUUCAGUUCAGUCUGACUCUUACAGCUGCGCCAAGAGUUGCGUGCGUUUGUUCGGAACGGUAUUUCGCGUCGUAAUAUGUUGCAAUACGUAAUUCCUACCAACACGGUGCUCCACGCGUAACUAAUUAUUUGUUAGACUUUCUAUCGGAGUGUAAAUCGUUCCGAGGCGAAGUGACGUUCCGUCGGUCGCGUAACCUCCUCGAUCUACUCUACAUCGACGACCGAGUCAAUUAUCUAGUACGCUUCUACCGACAAGCGUGUUGCACGAACGCAGUCACGCUACCAUCCCGGAAAUGGACCGAAUUUACGUCGACGAAGAGACCGGAGAGAUCAUAAGUCUGCCAGUGACUGAAUACGAGAUUCGACGGCACGUGGUCGCGGUAAACAAUGCUGAAACCGGAGAACCGGAAAUCAAUGUGAUGGGAACGAAUACAGUCAAGAGUCGGAAGAUACGCUUCCAGAUACCGAAAGAAGUGAAGGAAACGUUGUCGACUAAGGACGGUUCUAAGAAGAGGGAAAAUCUGAUGGAAUUGGAACCCGUUCCCGUUGGAACGUGCUUCGGCCAGAUACACCCAGUUUGCGUGUUCUUACUGGCAACCAUGUGUAUCCGCUGGUUCUUGCCGGUGUUCAUGUUUUUGGAAGUGACGUUGCACGUUUGGGCCCAUCACAAAAAUAAAUCACUGAAGAAUGCCAGCGUUUACUUUCGCUCGCCUUUUCACGCGAUCUCGUCCGAAUUCUGCGCGAUCUGCCAAAACGAGACGUGCAUGGAUCGUGUCGGGAAAAUACAGCAGAUACGGAUGCAUAAAUUUCUGCGGCAGUGCGAUUACGUGAAACGCAUUGUAACGUGAGAAACCAUGGUAUUGUCGCGAAAAUAUUGCAAAGUAUCCGUUACAAUUGUUUCCUCCUCUGUGAAACGCGAAACACCGCGGAAGAAACGUGUCGUAUUAAAUAUAAUCUAGUAUUAAGAAAGUAACUUAGUUACUCAGCAUUUUUAUCCUUUUCAAUGAUUGUAUGUAGUUACUAAAACGGAUUCAAGAUAUGGAAGUUAGCAAGUACUUGGUGCGGGAAAAAGAUUUUUAUAUCGGGGAUCAAUAAUAGUCUGUCGACUAUCGAUAAGGACAUUAAAGUAUAACAUAGUUUCUCGAGUAUAUCUACCUACGAAAAGAUUGUUUCCUAAUUUUUCAUACAUGUUCAAAAGUGCGACAACGAAUGAGAAGAUAGUGAGCCAUCGUUUAUUUAAUCAAAACUACAAGACCGUUCAUAUUAAACUUUAUUUCAUAAAUGUAAAAAAUAAGUUACUUUAUUAAGGCACUUGUAAGUAAAUAUUUCGCAUAUCACAACUUAUAUCAAUAACUUUGUCACUCGUUAUCGAAGCAAUAAAGCGAUAUACAAUCUUUAAUAAUCGA